AUGAGCGACCUACCCGAAUCGUCUGCAACCGCAGCUACUGGCGGCGAUACUCUCCCGACUCGACAGAUAUACAGCCGACGAUGGUCCGAGCCCAAGGACCUAGAAUCUUGUAUACAACUAGAAUACAUCACACGGAUUGCCAAGUCAUCGACGCUCUACGAGGAUCAUAUGGAAGCUGGGUUUUACAAAUUCCCCGGAACUCGAUCACACCUGCGGAUUGAUAAAGGUGCAAUUAACCAAAGUACCAUAUACCAACCAGGGAUGAUGUUUUCUGGAUUCACCAUUCCGAUCUAUAUCAAGCCUGGGCUCUCGGACGAGGAGAGGUACAUUGAAGGAUCUAUCAAGGAGAUUCUGCUAGAUGAAAUGAUUGCUGUGGCUGAUAAUCAUGACCAUCCAAGUGUGAAAGAAUCGCUUCGAUCGUACAAGCGAAAGGACCGAGACCAGAAUCUUCGAUACGCUCAUUUUUUAGUUUAUCACACAAUCGCAUCGAAACUUCAGCAUGAUCACAGAUGUGAGAAAACCAAUUGUCUAGGUCAUAUGCACUUUGAUCCAGAGGAUGAGGAAGUUAUUGACUGUGCGACAACACUUAAAAGUGGUAAAUACAAGUGCAACUCCGAUACCAACCUAUGGGACGAGGACCCUGUUAAUGGUGAAGUGAUUACUGGAAUCUUAUCACAAGAACCUGCGAUAGGAGAUUACAGGAUAUUCGAUCCGGAUACCGGAAAAUCUCUUAUCGAAAGAUCAGUUCAUCUCUAUCGAUUUGAUUUGGACCCAGAAGGCCAAGAGCAUUAUGAUGACGAGAGUGAUAGUGUCAGAGAGGAAGAUCCGAAUGAGAUGGAGGUCUCCAAGAGAUGUUUGGCGAGUUACAAAAAGAUCGUUUACCCUUUUGAAGCACACGCGUGUUGUGACCAGACUCAUCAAGCAUAG